AUGGCGCUAUCUGCUGGUCAAGUCGAUUUGGCUGUUGGGUCUCUUGUUUGGACUGAGGAUCCGGAGGUAACUUGGAUAGAUGGGGAGGUAGAAGAAGAUAACAAUGAAGAGUUCAAAAUAUACUGUACAUCAGGGAAGACAGUUGUUGCCAAAGCCUCCAAUGUCUAUCCAAAGGAUGCUGAGUUUCCUCCAAGUGGUGUUGAUGAUAUGACAAAGCUGGCUUAUCUUCAUGAACCAGGGGUUCUAUACAAUUUAAAGUGUCGAUAUGAUAUAAAUGAAAUAUAUACUUAUACAGGAAAUAUAUUGAUUGCUGUGAAUCCUUUUCAAAGACUUCCUCAUUUGUAUGAUAAUCAUAUGAUGGAACAAUAUAAAGGGGCAGCUUUGGGUGAGCUGAGCCCUCAUCCUUUUGCUCUUGCAGAUUCUGCUUACCGACUGAUGGUUAAUGAGGGAAUAAGCCAGUCAAUUUUGGUUAGUGGGGAAAGUGGAGCUGGUAAAACAGAAAGUACAAAGAUGCUUAUGCAGUAUCUUGCCCAUAUGGGAGGAAGAACUACAACUGAGAAGAAGCGGUCUGUGGAGCAGCAGGUCCUAGAGUCCAAUCCUGUCCUGGAAGCAUUUGGUAAUGCAAAGACUGUGAGAAACAAUAAUUCUAGUCGUUUUGGUAAGUUCGUGGAGAUUCAAUUUGAUCAAAGGGGGAGGAUUUCAGGAGCUGCCAUUAGAACUUAUUUACUGGAACGUUCCCGUGUCUGUCAAGUGUCUGAUCCUGAGCGAAAUUAUCAUUGCUUUUACAUGCUUUGUGCAGCACCGACAAAGGACAUUAAGAAGUACAAAUUGGGAAAUCCAAGGACCUUUCAUUAUCUAAAUCAAUCAAAUUGCUAUGAAUUGGAUGGAGUGGAUGAUUCUAAGGAGUACGUUGCGACUAGAAGAGCUAUGGAUGUCGUUGGGAUCGGUUCUGGUGACCAGGAUGCAAUAUUCCGGGUUGUUGCUGCAAUACUCCAUUUGGGUAACGUUGAGUUUGCUAAGGGAGAGGAACCAGAUUCUUCAGAACCUAAGGAUGAUAAAUCUCGGUUUCAUCUCAAAACAGUGGCGGAACUUCUCAUGUGUGAUGAGAAGUCUCUUGAAGACUCCUUAUGUAAACGUGUCAUUAUGACCCGGGAUGAAAGCAUAAAAAAAUGUCUUGAUCCAAACUCUGCAGCUGUCAAUAGAGAUGCUUUAGCUAAAAUUGUUUAUUCGAGAUUAUUUGAUUGGCUUGUGAACAAAAUAAAUUAUUCUAUCGGUCAAGAUCCGAAUUCAAAAACCCUAAUCGGAGUUCUGGAUAUUUAUGGAUUCGAGAGUUUCAAGACAAACAGCUUUGAGCAAUUUUGUAUCAAUUUGACAAAUGAGAAGCUGCAGCAACACUUUAACCAGCAUGUUUUCAAGAUGGAGCAAGAAGAAUAUACUAGGGAAGAAAUUGACUGGAGCUAUAUAGAUUUUAUUGAUAAUCAGGAUGUUCUUGAUCUUCUUGAAAAGAAACCUGGUGGCAUCAUUGCUCUUCUAGAUGAAGCGUGUAUGUUUCCUCGAUCAACAUAUGAGACUUUUGCUGAGAAACUAUAUCAGACUUUCAAAGAACAUAAGCGUUUCAACAAGCCAAAGUUGGCACGUACUGACUUCACCAUUUCUCACUAUGCUGGUGAUGUCACAUACCAGACGGAGUUCUUUCUGGACAAGAACAAAGAUUAUGUUGUUGCUGAGCAUCAAGCUCUUCUGAGUGCUUCAGGAUGCCCCUUUGUUUCAGCGUUAUUCCCAACUUUACCUGAGGAAUCCUCCAAAUCGUCAAAGUUCUCAUCCAUAGGUUCUCGCUUUAAGCAACAAUUGCAAGCAUUGCUUGAAACACUGAGUGCCACUGAACCGCAUUACAUACGGUGUGUUAAGCCGAAUAAUGUUCUCAAGCCAGGAAUCUUUGACAAUUCUAAUGUUCUACAUCAACUACGUUGUGGGGGUGUUAUGGAGGCAAUUAGGAUCAGUUGUGCUGGAUAUCCCACUAGAAAGCCAUUUCAUGAGUUUUUAACUCGUUUUCGCAUCUUGGCACCAAAUGUCUUGGAUGUCAGCCAUGAUGAGGUCAUUGCUUGCAAGAGGCUUCUAGAGAAGGUGAACCUCAAAGGUUAUCAGAUUGGAAAAACAAAAGUGUUUCUGAGAGCAGGUCAGAUGGCAGAACUAGAUGCUCGACGAAAAGAGGUACUAGGAAGAUCAGCAAGCAUCAUCCAGAGGAAAGUUCGUUCAUAUUUGUGUCGUAAACGCUUCAUCUUGUUGCGGUUGUCUGCAGUACAAAUCCAAACCUUCUGCAGAGGACAAAAUGCACUGCAUCAGUUUGAGAGAAUGAGAAGAGAAUCUGCUAGUGUAAAAAUCCAGAAAUAUUCACGCAGGUAUCUUGCAGAGAAAGCUUACAAUAAGUUGUGUUCUUCAGCCGUUUCUAUUCAAGCAGGCAUGCGCGGGAUGGCUGCUCGUAAUGAGCUUCGGUUUAGAAAGCAUACAAGAGCAACAAUUAUUAUCCAGAGUCAUUGCCGACAAUACUUAGCUUGCUGUCAUUAUUUAAAGAUGAAGAAAGCAGCAAUUGCUGUACAAUGUGCCCAGAGAGCGAAAAUUGCACGCAGAGAGUUAAGGAAGCUUAAAAUGGCUGCUAAGGAAACUGGUGCUCUCCAAGCUGCCAAAAGUAAACUGGAAAAGGAAGUUGAAGAACUUACAUGGCGUUUGCAGCUAGAGAAACGAAUGAAGGCUGAUCUUGAGGAAGCCAAAACACAGGAAAAUGCAAAAUUGCAGUCUGCUUUACAACAGAUGCAACAACAGUUCCAAGAAACGAAGUCACUGCUUAUCAAGGAGCAAGAGGCUGCUAAGAAAGCAGCUGAACAAGUUCCAGUUGUUCAUGAAGUCCCUGUUAUUGAUAAUGAAAUGAUGAAUAAACUUACUGAAGAAAAUGAACAACUCAAGGCUCUGGUAAGUUCGCUGGAAAAGAAAAUUGAAGAAACAGAGAAGAAAUUUGAAGAAACAAAUAAACUUUGUGAAGAGCGGCUGAAGCAGGCUUUGGAUGCAGAGUCAAAGAUAAUUGAAUUAAAGACUACAAUGCAGAGGCUUGAAGAAAAACUUUCUGACAUGGAAACUGAGGACCAAAUUCUGCGGCAUCAAUCAUUGUUGAAUUCAUCCUCUAGAAAAAUCUCAAAACAAUUAUCAAGUGCAACUCAGCCUCUGGAAAACGGUCAUCAUGAACCACAAAGUGCCACCCCGGUUAAAAAGCUUGGUACAUUUGAUAGUAGAUUAAGGAGAUCCCAGAUUGAACGGCAGAAUGAAUCUGUGGAUGCUCUAAUCAAAUGUGUGUCACAAGAUCUUGGGUUCAGUAAUGAUAAACCAGUUGCAGCAUUUACCAUAUAUAAAUGUCUUCUCCACUGGAGAUCAUUUGAGGCAGACAAAACUAGUGUAUUUGAUCGUCUCAUUCAGAUGAUUGGUUCUGCAAUAGAGAAGCCUGACAGCAACAAUCAUAUGGCUUAUUGGCUAUCCAAUACGUCUAUUUUAUUGUCUUUGCUUCAAAGGAGUUUAAAGGCCAGCGGUCCAAAUUCACAGCGGAAGCCUCCCACACCAACUUCAUUUUUUGGACGGAUGACCCAAGGAUUCCGCUCAUCCCCUUCUUCUGCCAACCUUCCAGUUGGAGAUAUCGUGCGCCAGGUUGAGGCCAAAUAUCCAGCUUUGCUUUUUAAGCAGCAGCUCACAGCAUAUGUGGAAACGAUUUACGGGAUCAUUCGAGACAACUUGAAAAAUGAUCUGUCACCACAUCUUUCUUCUUGUAUCCAGGCACCAAGGAUGUCAAAGGGAACUUCCAUAAGAUCAUCUGUGCAGUCAUUUAGCAAUGGUCCUGCAUCUAGUCCCUGGAGCAGCAUUAUUGAGAGCCUUAAUGGGCUGCUCGCUACACUGAAAGAAAAUUUUGUGCCUCAAGUUCUUGUGCAAAAGAUCUUUACUCAAGUUUUCUCAUAUAUUGAUGUACAGCUCUUUAAUAGCCUUCUGCUUCGUCGAGAGUGCUGCUCAUUCAGCAAUGGAGAAUAUGUAAAAUCUGGUUUAGCUGAACUAGAACUGUGGUGUGGGAAAGAAAAAGUUGAGUAUGCAGGUUCAUCCUGGGAUGAACUCAAACACACUAGACAAGCGGUUGGAUUCUUGGUUAUACACCAGAAGACUAGAAUAUCCUAUGAUGAUAUUACAAAUGACCUAUGUCCCGUCUUGAGUGUUCAGCAGCUUUACAGAAUAUGUACGCUGUACUGGGACGAUGACUACAACACUCAAAGUGUAUCCCCUGAUGUGAUAUCUAGCAUGAAAAUUCUUAUGACAGAAGGCUCCAGCGAUGAUGAUAGCAAAUCCUUCUUGUUGGAUGACGAUUCCAGCAUUCCUUUCUCAGUUGAUGAUAUUUCAUUAACCCUCCCAGAGAAGGAUUUCUCAAAUGUGAAGCCUGCUGCAGAACUUAUUGAGAAUCCAGCCUUCCAAUUUUUACAGGAUUAAGGCCUUGGUUAAUGCAUUUUUCUCUCCCUGAUGGAGCAUACCUUAGCAAGUUUAAAGUAGAAAUCUCAGUGUCGGUCCAGCGAAUGCCACAGUGUAAAUCCACCGCCAUUUACCUUAUCCCCUUGUAGGUAUUUUUGUCGUCAUCACCUAUUGCCCAGGAUGUAGUUUUUUUUUUUUUUUUCUAAAUUAAAGUUGUAUAAUUUAAUUAGGCCAGUUGCUUUAGUCAAAGGGGGAAGGAUGGUUUCUGAAUCAGAGUGGCUUCUUGGUUUUUUGAUUUAUAAAUUGGUCAGUCGAGUGGAGGCUAGUCUUCUUUGUAGGGGAAUUAUAGGAGGGAAAGUUGUAGUAUUGUCCCAGCCUCAAAAAUUCAUAUUGUACAGAAUACAUCAAGAUAAUAUAAUAUUA